GAGGAAGAAGCGGCUGGCGAGGUAGCGUUGUAACUAGAAAGGCAGGGGAGCGAAAGGCGAGCCUGGCAGGAGAGAGCCCGCAGGUGAGCCCCCAUCGGCCGGGCAGGAGGAGAUGAAACCCGGUGUGGAAGGUGGAGUAGAGGGCGUUCUUGGCCGGUCCGCCUCCCCCGUCUCUCUCUCACACACACCCCACCCGCGUGACUUCUGCCUUCUCUUGCAGGCAAUGAGGGCAGGACCACCAUCAUGCUGGAAGUGAACCGGUUUAGCGCCGGCGUUGCUUCCCCUUCCAGUUGAACGGAGAAUAUCGGCCCCGCAGCCGUUCAAUGGGGGCUGCUCGAGGCUGCCCGGGGCUCGGCCCCUCACUGCUCCUGAUGGCUGCCUUUGUGCCCACCGUGGUAGCAGUCGCCGCCGCUUCGGAAAAAGAGCUGAGCGAUCCGGCUGCCAUGCCAGCCAUCCAUCCCAGUCCCGGAGACAGCACCUUGCAGGUACCGGCUGAGACCCCUUUCGAGGAGACCAGGCUUCACGUCUUUACCUUGGAUUACCCGCACGUGCAGAUCCCCUUCGAGAUCACCCUCUGGAUCCUCCUGGCUUCCUUAGCCAAGAUCGGUUUCCAUCUCUACCACAAAUUGCCCCAGAUAGUUCCAGAAAGCUGUCUCCUUAUUGUGAUUGGACUGAUUUUAGGUGGAAUUAUAUUUGGGGUACAGGAAAAAUCUCCACCAGUGAUGAAGAGCGAUGUUUUUUUCUUAUAUCUUCUUCCUCCAAUUGUCCUUGAUGCUGGUUAUUUUAUGCCAACACGCCUCUUCUUUGAGAACUUUGGCACUAUUUUUUGGUAUGCUGUUGUGGGCACACUCUGGAAUUCUUUUGGGAUUGGCAUUUCCCUUUUUGCCAUUUGCCAGAUUGAGGCCUUUGGUCUGAGUGACAUCACUCUACUGCAGAGCCUGCUUUUCGGGAGUUUGAUUUCAGCCGUGGAUCCUGUGGCUGUGUUGGCUGUCUUUGAAAAUAUUCAUGUCAACGAGCAGCUGUACAUCUUAGUUUUUGGGGAAUCUCUCUUGAAUGAUGCUGUAACUGUGGUGCUGUACAACUUGUUCAAAUCUUUCUGCCAGAUGCGUACAAUUGAAGCCAUUGAUAUAUUUGCUGGAAUUGCUAAUUUUUUUGUAGUUGGAAUUGGAGGAGUUUUGAUUGGAAUCAUUCUUGGAUUUGUAGCAGCUUUUACUACUCGUUUCACCCAUAAAAUUCGAGUGAUUGAGCCACUGUUUGUCUUCUUAUAUAGUUACCUAUCGUAUAUAACAGCUGAAAUGUUUCACCUUUCAGGGAUUAUGGCGAUUACAGCAUGUGCUAUGACCAUGAAUAAAUACGUGGAGGAGAAUGUUUCUCAGAAGUCCUAUACUACCAUAAAAUAUUUCAUGAAAAUGCUGAGCAGUGUCAGUGAAACUCUUAUCUUUAUUUUCAUGGGAGUAUCUACAGUAGGAAAAAACCAUGAAUGGAACUGGGCCUUUGUUUGCUUCACUCUGCUAUUUUGUUUGAUUUGGCGUUCAUUAGGAGUUUUUGCAUUGACUCAGGUAAUAAAUGUAUUUCGGACAAUUCCAAUAACAUUUAAAGACCAGUUCAUUAUCGCCUAUGGAGGUCUCCGAGGAGCUAUAUGUUUUUCUCUGGUCUUCCUGCUCCCUUCUGCUGUAUUUCCUAGAAAGAAGCUUUUCAUUACCGCUGCUAUCGUAAUAAUAUUCUUUACCGUGUUCAUUCAGGGAAUGACAAUUCGCCCAUUAGUGGACUUUCUUGAUGUCAAAAGAUCAAAUAAGAAACAACCAGCAGUCAGUGAGGAAAUCUACUGCCGGUUCUUUGACCAUAUCAAGGCUGGUGUUGAAGAUGUUUGUGGACACUGGGGUCACAACUUUUGGAGAGAUAAGUUUAUAAAAUUCGAUAAGAAGUACCUAAGAAGACUUUUAAUUAAGGAAAAACAACCAAAAUCAAGUAUUGUUGCCCUGUACAAGAAAUUGGAAAUAAAACAUGCCAUUGAAAUGGCAGAGAAUGGGAUGAUAAGCACAGUUCCAUCUCUAGCUUCUAUCAAUGAGCCUCAAGGAGGAGAAAAAAUAAAUACACCUUAUUCUGGCCAAAUGGAUAACAUAAGAGAGAUUUUAACAAAGAAUCUGUAUCAGAUACGACAAAGAACUCCAUCAUAUAAUAGAUACAGUCUUGCUGAAGAUGCAAAUGAAAAGCAAGCCAAAGAAAUUUUGAUUCGUCGCCGACAUAGCCUAAGGGAGAGCAUUAGGAAGAGCAACAGUUUGUCAAGACCAGUGCACAUGAAAUCACCACGUUACUUAUCACUACCUAAAAAUACUAAACUUGCAGAGAAAACACGGAAAAGAAAUCAAUCUUCCUUUAAAGAACAUAGAACUCAACUAGGUGCUACUUUUUAUUCGGCCAGUGAAAACCCUUGUCAAGAAUAAAGUAAUAAGUAAAAAAAGUGUGGUCUUGAUAUAUUUAUUUAUUUAUUGGCUGUCCAUUUUACCACAGGGUAACUCUGAGUGGCUUACAAUAUUAAAAGGAUAAAACUAUACAAAACAUAUACACAAUACAAAUAAAAUACUAUAAAAAAUAU